AUGGCAGCUUUUGCUCUUUCGUCUCCCUCUAAUUCCUUGUACAGAUCUUCCUUCUCUCCGAUCCCCACCAAAACAGCACCCGCUCCUCGAUUCAGGGUCUCUGCCUCGGCCGUCGCCGCCCCGGCGGCGCCGGCCACCAUGUACGACCUGCUCUCGGUGUUACACACCGCUGGCGCCAGCGAGAUCCGCGCGGCGUACCGGCGGCUGGCCCUGCGGUGGCACCCGGACGCGUGCCACUCGGCGGGGGAGGAGCGCUUCUACGCGGAGCGCUUCAUGGAGGCGCGGGAGGCCUAUGAGGUGCUCUCCGACCCCGCCAGCCGCCGAAGCUACGACCUCGCGCUCUCCGGCGACCGCUGGGCCGCAGCGGUCGCCGCUGGCCCGGCCUUCCGCGAGGGCCGCGGUCGGCGCCGAGAGGCCAGCGUGACGGUGUUCGGGAAUUGGGACGCGCAGCUGGUCGGGCUCCGGCGGCGAUCGGCCGUGACGGAGGCCGACGGGGAGGAGACUUGGGGCGGCCGCGUGAGGAGGGCCACCCGCGGCGCCGCGGAGACUGCUGUCUAA